AUGGGGUCAACACAACCCACCGUCCUCCUCUUUGGGGAUGUCACAGACCCAUGGGUUGACGGCAUGGACUAUGUCUGUCGCCAGGCUACCACGACGCCAUAUCUCAAAGCCUUCUUGGAGGAUCUGUUCUCUGCCUUCAAGGCUGAGGUCAGAGGCAUGGACCGGUUUUUGCGAGAAAGCUUUGGAUCUUGUUCUAAUUUCCAAGAGCUUGCCCAAAAGCACCGCCACUCCGGCGACAAGGUCGGCAUGGUACAUGGCAUGCUUCUCUAUACAGUACGAGCAGCGCUGCUGUUGAAAACUGCUGAUCGCGAGCCACUGCUGCUCAACCCGGGCGAGGGCACCGAGUCGCAUUUGGUAGGUAUCUCUGCCGGCAUAUUCAACGCUGUUGCGGCGGCCGCGUCUGCCAACUUUGGCACUCUAUACAGCGCAUGCAUCGAGGCUGGUCGGGCGUACGCCCGACUCUGCGAUGUCACCUUAAUUCGCUCAAGAGCGAUAGAGGACCGACCUGGAGUCUGGGGCUGGGUCAUCAUCGACGUCGCAGUAAACAAACUUGAGAAGAUACUGGAACAGUUUCAAAAUGCCAAGGGUGUGCCAAUCUCCAAGAGGGUCAAGGUUGCUAUUACAGGAUUUCGAUGGUGCAGUAUCGUAGGACCACCUUCGGUUUUAGAUCUUGUUUUGAGCCAGUGCCCAGAGCUGAAGAAUGCGAUGAAGAACGAAUUACCUGGCAUUCGUGCUAUGCAGCACGGCCUCGAAGUCUCGGAUGCUGAUGUUGACUAUGUCGCGGGAGAUUCUUCCCUCCACUCCAUCGCCCCUCGCCCAGGAUACAAGGUAUGGGGGAUCGCUGGGAAUAAAACUAAUGCCACAUACUCCAGCUGGGGUCAACUGCUGAAAGCUGCAGCCUUGUCAACCCUGUCGCAACGGUUGGACAUUGUGCAAGCCGUGAACAAGCUUAGUGCUCAUCUCGGGAUGUCAAAGCAAGCUGACAUCAAGAUGAUGGGCCCCAGCGGCCACGCAGAGUACGUUAUCAACAGCUUGAAGGCUGGGGUUGGCAUGGGAACAAGGCAAAUAUCUGUCGAUGAUGAUCUGGCGGCCCCUUCGUCGAGCAAAGGCGUAAGAGAAGGCGCCAUCGCUAUCGUUGGUAUGGCGGGCAAAGGGCCCAGCAGUGAAGACCUCGACGAGUUCUGGAAAGUUAUCGAGACGGGCCAAGACACCUCCCAAGAAGUUCCCAGCGACCGUUUCUCUCUGGACGAGUACUACUGUGAGACGCACGGCGCAGCCCGUUCUCCAGGUGAGGUUAAGUGCACUAUGAGUUGCCGACACGGGUGCUUCAUCAAGAAUCCGGGCCACUUUGACGCCAAAUUCUUCCACAUCUCACCGCGCGAGGCUCUGCUGAUGGACCCAGUUGCCCGCCUCUUCCUGAUGAGCGCGUAUGAAGCUCUUGAGCGGGCCGGAUAUUCAGCUGGCCAGACCAGGACGACGGAUCCGAACAAGAUAGCUGUCUUUUUCGGUGCUAGCGCUGACGACUGGUACAAAGUCAGUCAUUCUUCCCUUGGUUGCGACGCAUAUACACUCCAAGGAAUGCAGCGAGCCUUUGGCCCAGGCCGGCUAGCCUUCAAUAUGAACUGGGAGGGGCCGACCUACUCGCUCGACUCUGCAUGUGCGGGCACAACUUCAGCUAUGCACCUUGCUAGCAUGAGCUUGCUGUCAAAAGACAUUGACAUGGCAGUUGCGGGCGCCACAAACGUACUAUCAGACCCCCAUUCUUUCACCCUCCUCAGCAAAGCCGGCGUCUUGUCCAACACAGGAAACUGUAAGACAUACCGAGACGACGCUGAUGGCUAUUGCCGCGCAGAUUUCAGUGGCGCCGUCGUUCUGAAGCGGCUUGAGGAUGCUAUCGCGCACAAUGACCAGAUCUUGGCCGUUAUUGCGGCAUCGGCCAGAAACCAUUCUGGCAACUCGACGUCUAUCACGACCUCGGACGCGAACGCCCAACAAAGACUGUUCAGCAAAACCCUCCGUAACGCGCGAUUGUCUCCUCAAAAUAUCUCCUAUGUUGAGAUGCAUGGAACAGGAACCCAGGUUGGGGACAAGGCAGAAAUGGCGGCAGUCUCCAAUGUCUUUUCACCAAGACCAGCUGGGCACCCUCUGAUCGUCGGAGGCAUUAAGGCCAACAUCGGUCAUAGCGAAGCAGGCGGUAAUGCAUGUGUGAUCCUUGAAGAAUACAAGCAAGAUCCAGCUAGACACAGUGGAGACGACCCUCGGUCGACUCAUGUCAUCUCGAGCUCGGCCAGGACACAGUCGUCGUACCUCGCCAAUUUGCGUCAACUCGCCAAGUGGCUCCAUGCAAACCCCAACGCCAGGAUUCAGGACGUAGCCUACUCGACGACAGCACGGAGAGUGCAACAUCCAUUGAGGUUUGCUUUUGCGGCAUCCACAUCGCAGAAGGCUAUUUCCGAGCUCGAGGCCGAGAUCGAGCGCGCCGCCGGCGGUUCUAAGGCGGCCAAGUCCACGUCCACCGACGUCGUCUUCGUCUUCACAGGGCAGGGCUCGCAUUACGCAGGAAUGGGCGCCGAGCUGUACCGCACAAGCGACGUCUUCCGCAGGACGGUCGACUUGUGCGUUGCGAUCUGUGCCUCUAGCAAAUUCCCGCCCUUCUUAGACAUUAUCACCGACAGCUCUAUCGACUUGGCGACCAAGGACGCGGCGCAGAUCCAGCUCGCUGUCAUCACACUAGAGAUUGCCCUGACGGCUUUCUGGCGGUCCACUGGCAUAGUGCCUGCUAUGGUCAUGGGCCACAGUCUGGGAGAAUACGCCGCCCUGCACGCUGCUGGCGUCUUAUCGUUGGUUGACACUCUGCACCUUGUCGGCUCGCGUGCUCGCCUGCUCCUAGAACGAUGCGAACCGAAUUCUUGUGCUAUGCUCUCUGUGUCAGCUUCCGCAUCAUCAGUGCGAGAUCGCCUCGCCCAGCGCAAAGACUCUUCCUGUAGCGUCGCAUGUAUCAACAGUCCAAGCGCUACCGUCAUCAGCGGGACGGCGGAGGACUUGAAGCAGAUCGAGGCAGACAUAAAGGCUCAGGAUUCAAAGACGCGCACUACGACGCUAUCUAAUCCGUUUGCAUUUCAUUCGUCCCAGAUAGAUGCCAUACUGCACGACUACAAGACUGUCGCAAGUGGCGUAACUUAUCUGCCGCCCAAGGUCCCUGUGGCGUCAACACUUCUUGCAUCUGUCGUCGAGGGGCCGGGUGUCUUCAGCGAGGACUACCUCGUAAAGCAAACACGCCAGCCGGUUGACUUCUGUGGCGGCCUUGACGCCGUCAAGUCAACGCUGAAGAAUUCGUUCUGGCUCGAGAUCGGCCCGGGGCCGGUUUGCAAUUCAUUCGUGCGGGCCACACUUUCUCCACCACCUACGAAGAUCAACCACAGCAUCGACGCAAACUCCAGCAAUUGGGCUUCCAUUUCUAAAAGUCUUGCCAUGGCGCACAUGAGUGGGGCUGACGUCGACUGGCUAGCACUACACGCACCUUACGAGGGCAACCUUGAGCUGCUGCCGCUUCCGACUUAUGUGUGGGACGUCAAGGACUACUGGAUUACACAUACCGACAAGAAAGCCGGACUGGUCGUUGAUGCGACGCAGGCUGCGGCCCCAUCGGAGCCUUUCCUCGGCACGACCGCACAGUACCUCGUAGAGAAGACCCUCUCCCCUAAGAUACAGGUCACCUUCCGAGCCACUAUCUCGGAGCACGGUUUCUUGGGUCUUAUAGACGGCCAUCAGAUGCAAAAGAUCGCGCUUGCUUCUGGGAGCGUCUUCAGCGACGCUGCCGCAACAGUUGCCAAAUAUACCCUCGAGUACAGCGGCAGGAAGGAUGUGACUGCGGCACACCUCACUUUCCAUGACCCGGAACUUCUCGCUCCUCUGACUCGAGACCUUGUCGGCCUUGACGGGGCACUACUCUCCACAGCCACUAUGGAGAGUUCCUCGACCGACACCAUCCUGGUUACGUUCAAGGCCACUUCAAAACGUGGCGAAUCUCACGAUCUCGGGUCGAUAAGAGUCGGAUAUCGCAACCCUGAAAAGGCUCGGACCGACUUGGAUCGUGUGUCGUUCUUCAUCAACGCCAAAAUCGAAGAGCGGAUCCGGCUUUCCAAGGAGGGCUCAGGCCACAGGAUGCAGCCAAGCGUCUUCUAUGCACUCUUCGCUAACGCCGUCGAAUUCUCGCCCGACUUCCAGGGAGUCCAAGAGGCAUACGUUGCCGAUGACUUCCAAGAAGCCGCAGCGACGAUUGUGCUGCCACCUGACCCAGUGGGUACCAGCUUCACAUCCUCGCCGUAUUGGGGCGAGGGUCUGUUGCACCUAGCGGGUUUCAUGGUCAACGGAAAUCCGAGCAAGUCGCCCGACUCGACCUUUGCUGUUAUGGGCUAUGACUUCGUGGAGCAGCUGGCCGCCGUCGAACCUGGCAAACAAUAUAUAACGUAUACGCGUAUCUCGCGGUGGGAAAAGGAUACGGCUUUCUGCGCCGCUUAUGUCUUCAACCCGCAGACGUCCAAGAUCGUCAUGCAGGCUGUCGACCUGCGAUAUCAGGAAUUCAAGACAGCCACCUGGCGUCAUAUUCUUGGCGGUAAACACGGUGGAGGACCCCAGCAUCAGGCUGCCACCCCUCGACCACAAAAGCCGGCUGCAAAGGAUAUCAAGAUCAGUGACGAUCCGACUGCUCCUGUGGAUGUAGCACCAGUGGAACAGGAGACGAGCAAGGCACAGAGUAGCGACGCGGCCCAAGAUGCAGGAGUUUUCCAGGUUAUUGUGGACAGUCUUGCCACGGCGACUGGAAGCGACGCUUCAGAGUUCACUGACGACACUUUAAUAUCCGACAUUGGCGUUGAUUCAAUCAUGGCUAUCGAGGUCGUUGGGGUUCUCAAGGAGUUGGACGUCGAACUCUCUGCCGCGUUUCUCUUCGAGUAUCCCACAAUCGGUGAUCUCCGUCACGAAUUCGGUGGGCAGGCCGCCAAAGCUCCCCAGGACGAAAUCAACGCGACACCUUCUAGCAGUGCAACUGCUUCCACCAGCACAACGCCUUUCACCAGCGUAACGCCUUCCACAAGCGUGGCGCCUUCCACUAGUGCAACUCCUUACAUCAGCAGGAAGACUUCCAGGGAAGAUGUCCCAAAAUCAGACGAAUCAGUCUCCAGCGAGACCUCAAGCCUGGUUCAUGUCGAAAAAGAGACGUCAGCUCCAGGUCCAGAGGCGGACAUCGACCACUCGCCACUCCCUAAAGUCAGGAUCACGCUACUGCAGGGCCGCGCAAAGACCGACAAGACGCCACUAUACAUUAUAGCCGAUGGUACCGGCACCGUCGCAUCAUUCAUUCACUUCCGGCCCUUUAAGUCUAAGCAGACAGUUUUUGGCAUCGACUCACCCUACUACCGCUGUCCAUCCCGCCUGACCAGCAAGGUUGGCAUAAAGGGAGUAGCCAAGCUCAUCGUUGAUGAGCUGAUUAAGAGGCAUGAUAAGGGACCCUUCCAAGUCGGCGGCUACUCGGCUGGUGCCCUCGUCGCCUAUGAAGUCUCACGGCAACUGCGCACCGCUGGGCGUGACGUCGAUGGUCUUCUACUAAUCGACCUGUGUUGCCCACGGUCGCAGCGGAAGGACCAACAAACGCUGCUCGCCGAAGACCAAUUCAGCUACGAUGUCUUCGAGCAGGCUGUCAACAAAGACGGUCUUUGGAGUUCUAUUGGCGAUAGUCGCGAACACUUCCAAGCUUUCUUUGUUGUCAUGAACGAGUAUACCCCAGCCCCAAUGACCGCCGCGGAUAGGCCUGCUAAGACAGCUGUCGUCUGGGCUGAGAAGGGGCUUGUCAAUCGUGUGUCAGACAAUCCCGAGUUGAUGGAGAAACUAGUGAGAGAAGAGAAUGUCCCUACCAAGUCUUAUCCAGGCUUUAUGCAGGAUCCAAAACUGGGCACGUUUGCGUGUCUUGUCCCCGACAAGGGCGACAAUCUCGGCCCCAACGGCUGGGACAAGUUCACCGGUGGAGAAGUAAUGGCUAUGUCUGUGCCUGGAGAUCACUUUGACCUGCCCAUGCCUGGACAUGUUCAUCUUCUACAGGAGAAUAUGGAGAAGGCAUUUACAUAUUUCGGCUCGAAGUAG